AUGGCCAGUGUGAUCGCCAAAUCGGCGAGUAGGCCUCAAAUGACACCACUCCACAGACGAACCUGUGCUGCUCGCGUUCCCAUCAUCAUCACCGACGGGGAGGCGAAACAGCGCCACGAGCAGACCGAACACAGCGAAAGGGCGCGUGAGGAGGUGCUGAGACACGGCGUGAAAGUGCGGGAUUUUCAGGCUGAGGCGGAUGCGAGAAGGUAUGACAGAGGCCACGCCAGUUGUGCUGAUCAGAGUAUGCCGAGGUCGGAUUAUGUGCUCGAGUAG